AUGGUGACUUGAACGUUUACACAAACGUAAAAGAUGGUGACUUGAGCGUUUACACAAAAGUAAAAUUUUCGGAUAUCAUUAUCGACAGGAAUAAAGGGAUUUCUUGUCAGGUCACAUUUACUCCACCCAAAAUUCUAAACACAAUGAAAGAACGUAAGGAAUAUUGGAAUAAAUCCAAAAAACUCAAACAUGGAAAUUUAGUCUGCCUUCUCUGGCCAAAUGAAGAUAUCGAUAGCAAUAAACGCAAACUUACUUGUUCUACCGAGUAUUCCUUAUUCUUUGGCACGGUCACCAGGAGAGAUGAGAAAAUGCUAUCAGAGGAACAAAGAAACGCAAAAAUCGACAUAUGCUUUGCCGAUAUUUCUGUGUUUUCAAUUGCUAUUUGGAAUAUUUCGAGAAAGAAUGUUUCGGAUGGAAUAGUCAAACAUGGUUUUAUGGUUGAGUCGACAGAUCUUCUCUUCGAGAAUUCUAAGAGUAUAUUAAAAACUCUGCAGAAAGCUCCACCAGAAGUGUUUCCCUUCGAAAGAUAUCUUGCUCCAAAGACAGAUGAAGUCAUGAUGACGGAUAUUGGUCCACCGAUCUAUGCCAGGGCUCCCGACUUUAAAUAUGAUCUUUCGGUCCUACUAAACGAUAAGAACCAAAAGUUAUAUUUGAAAACCGGAGACACGAGGUCUGAAGAUAACGCAGUCAGAAUCCUAAAAGAUCACAGCAAACUUGAUGAAACUCAAUCUCAAGCACUCGUCUCAGCUUUGACUCGCGAGAUUGCAUUGAUUGAAGGACCUCCUGGGACAGGGAAAUCGUAUAUCGGUGUUCAGAUCUUGCGCGUAUUGUUGGCAGAAAAAAAUAAUCGAUCUAGUAAAAUGGGACCAAUUCUCACAAUCACUUACACCAAUCACGCGUUGGAUUCAUUUUUGCAAAGCCUUUUGGAUUAUAAAAUAAAGAAUAUUGUGAGAAUGGGUUCAAGGUCUAAAUCUAGAAAUAUCAAAAAAUUUCAGAUUGAAGAGAUUUGCCGUAUGCGUGAGAUUACUACCAGGAGAUCUAGUGGAUUGAGGAACUCAUACCACGAACUUGAGAAAAUCGAAGAUGACGCGAAGGAAAUAAUAGAAAGUUAUCACAACAGAUGGAUUAACUGGCGUACUAAAUCGGUCGAUUCGUACUUGAGGGAAGAAUUUCCCAAACAUUACGAAAAUCUCAGAAACCCUAAUAUUUCGUGUGCACUAUUAGAAGAUCAAGAAUUGCAAUUGACUGAUGAAAAUACACAAAAAAGCAAGGUGUCGACGUUUGAACAAUGGAUCCGUGGAGGGGACAUAACAAAAGCACAAGAGAUAAAGAGAUCGCUUUUCAAAUCGACAAAUAAACUUAAUGAGAAAGAUGGAAAAUCCAGAGAUACAGACGGCGAUGGUGAAAGCUCGGAUCCAAAUAAAGAUAGUGGAUUUCAAAGUUGGCUUCGUUCAUGGGAGAUUCCAAAAGGUAAAAGGAGUUUGGAGGAAUUGAAGGAUGAUUGUGAUGUUUGGAAAAUGUCCAAAACUGAACGCGUUACCUUGCAUGAUUUUUGGAAAGAAAAUAUUUAUUUGGAAAAUAUCGAAAAACUGGAGAAACUUAAAAAAAAGCAUGAUAGGCAGAGAGAUAAAAUUGAGAGAAUACACGAUGAAG